GGGGAUUAUGAGUAGUUGGUGCAGUGCUUUAGUAUGGUCGAUGUGAAACAGAACAUCAAGCCACUUUACAUCUAAUUUAUUAACUAUUUCUUCUUCAAAUCGUUGAAUUUCCGUAACACACACUGCCUGAAAUACGAAUACAAGUCGAUUAUCGGAUAUCUUGAGUGAAAUUAUAAGUUGAUUUCAAGUGAUUGAAGACUGUUGUGUGUGCUCCAGGAUUCUGUUUAGCAAAACGAAUACAGAAGCAUGCCUGCACGAUUCCCAGAAGUAGAAGUACAUGCCCCGGUGGGUGGACGUGGGACAGUUGAAUCUCUGGAAGUAGGAGGUGCACCACGCGGCUGGGGAAGCGGUGAUGAUGAUGUAGUUAUUACUGGUUUAUCUGGCCGGUUCCCAGAGAGCAGUAAUGUAGAAGAGUUUGCAGAGCAGCUAUUUGCUGGUGUUGACCUCAUUACAGAUGAUGAACGAAGAUGGCCUUCAGGUUUAUAUGGUUUGCCUACACGAACAGGUAAACUGAAAGAUUUGGCCCACUUUGAUGCACCCUUCUUUGGUGUUCAUGCAAAACAGGCUCAUGUAAUGGACCCACAACUACGAAUUCUGCUAGAAGUUACACAUGAAGCGCUCAUAGAUGCAGGCUUGAACCCAUAUGAUGUGCGUGGCAGUAGGACAGGUGUUUUCAUUGGAGUAUCGGACAGUGAAUCAGAAGAAUAUUGGACAGCUGACCCGGAGAAAGUGAAUGGUUAUGGAUUGACGGGUUGCUGCCGUGCCAUGUUCCCCAACAGGAUAUCGUACACAUUCGACUUCACUGGUCCAAGUUAUGCUAUCGACACGGCCUGCUCUUCUAGUAUGUUUGCUAUGCAACAGGCAGUAAAUGCCAUCCGAACAGGCCAGUGUGACUCAGCCGUUGUUGGAGGAGUGAAACUACUGCUGAAACCCACCUGCUCACUGCAAUUUCACCGCCUUAAUAUGCUCAGUCCACAGGGCAUGUGCAGAGCCUUUGACUCAUCUGGGAAUGGUUAUGUCAGAAGCGAAGCAGCUGUAGUAAUAUUCCUGCAGAAGGCAUCGGCAGCGAGGAGAGUGUAUGCAACAGUAGUGAACGCUAGGACAAACACUGAUGGUCAUAAGGAGCAAGGCAUCACUUACCCGUCUGGCCAGAUGCAAAAGCAACUGAUCAAGGAAGUGUACGCAGAAGCUGGAAUUAACCCGGCUGAUGUCGUUUACGUGGAGGCACAUGGCACUGGAACCAAAGUUGGCGAUCCACAAGAAGUAAACUCAAUUGCAGAUGUGUUCUGUAAGGACCGCACCUCCCCACUACUUAUAGGCUCAGUGAAAUCCAACAUGGGUCAUUCAGAACCUGCUUCUGGGAUGUGUUCAAUUGCCAAAGUGUUAAUCGCAAUUGAGACGGGUGUGAUCCCACCCAAUCUGCAUUAUCAAAACCCGAAUCCAGAGAUCCCAGCUUUGAGUGAUGGUCGUUUGGAGGUUGUAGACAAACCAUUGCCUUGGAACGGAGGUUUGAUAGCCAUCAAUUCAUUUGGUUUUGGUGGUGCAAAUGCCCACAUCCUUCUCCGCCCCAAUCCAAAACCAAAGGCUCCAGCUAUUCAGGACAAUAUCCCCCGUCUGAUAGCUGUCUCUGGCAGGACAGAAGAAGCUGUGAACUAUUUCCUGGACAAGGUUGAGAACUUGCCACGAGAUGAUGACUUGGUAGGGUUGCUUCAUGAGAUCCACAGCAGCAACAUCCUUGGCCAUGGAUAUAGGGGUUACAGUAUCUUGGGAGCCUCCACCCCUGUGAGGGAAGUUGCACAAUGCAAUGGGGAGAAGCGCCCAGUUUGGUUUGUGUUCUCUGGCAUGGGUACACAGUGGGUUGGCAUGGGGAAGGACCUCAUGCAACUUGAAGUAUUUGAAAAGGGAAUCCGCAAGUGUGCAGAAGCACUGGAACCUGAGGGCAUUAAUUUGUAUGACGUCAUCUUGAGUACUGAUGAAUCAACGUUUGAUAAUGUUGUGAACUCGUUUAUUUCCAUUGCAGCCAUUCAGGUUGCUCUUGUUGAUGUGCUGAGCUCCAUUGGAAUCCACCCUGAUGGCAUAGUGGGGCAUUCUGUAGGUGAAUUGGGUUGUGCAUAUGCUGACGGUACAUUCACAGCUGAACAGACAGUGUUAGCUGCCUACUGGAGGGGUCUCUGCAUUCUGGAGUCCAAACUGCAACCUGGAGCCAUGGCAGCUGUUGGUCUGACAUGGGAAGAGGCAAAGAAUCGUUGUCCACCUGAAAUUGUUCCUGCCUGCCACAACAGUGCUGACAAUGUGUCAAUAUCAGGCACUCCUGAUGCUGUUGCAAAGUUUGUUAAAUCUCUGCAGACAGAAGGCAUCUUUGCAAAGGAAGUGAAGAGCUCUGGUGUGGCAUUCCACAGCCGAUACAUAUCGGAUGCUGCACCAAAGCUCCGCAAGUACCUUGAAAGGGUUAUUCCAAACCCUAAGUUGCGCACAUCUCGUUGGAUCAGUUCAUCUAUCCCUGAAUCAGCUUGGAAUUCGGCGUUGGCACAGUACUCGUCUGCCGCAUACCAUGUGAAUAACCUACUCUCACCCGUCCUCUUCCAUGAAGCACUUGGACAUGUACCUGAAGGUGCUGUGGUGGUAGAGGUGGCACCCCACUGCUUGUUGCAGGCCAUCGUCAAGCGUUCUCUUGUUAAUGCAACCAAUGUUAGCCUGAUGAAACGUCUGCAUGCGGAUAAUCUUCAGUUCAUGCUCUCUAACCUUGGCAAGUUGUUCAAUGCUGGACUGCAGCCCAAACUGGCUCGGUUGCACCAGAGAGUGAAUUAUCCUGUAGCACGUGGGACUCCUAUGCUUUCAUCAAUGGUGAAAUGGGAUCAUUCAAUGGAAUGGAGUGUUGCCAACUUUAGUGAAAAGGGAGGCAUGAGGUCUGGUGAAUGUGUUAUUGAUGUGGAUUUGACCAAAGAACAGUACGAAUUCCUUGCUGGCCAUGCUAUUGAUGGACGAGUUCUCUUCCCUGCUACAGGCUACUUGACUCUGGUAUGGAAGACAUUUGCCAAAUUGCAGGCUAAGUCAUACGAAGACCUCUCUGUUGUUAUUGAAAAUGUACAGUUUCAUCGUGCAACCAUUAUGCCAAAGGAAGGAUCUGUGAAGUUUCUGAUUAACAUCUUUGAUGGAACUGGAGAUUUUGAACUCUGUGAGGGAGGUUCAGUCGUGGUGUCAGGCCGUAUCUACAUUCCUGAGGACAUUGAGAAGGAACAGUUGGAUCUUCCUGCACCUGUUCAACCUGCUGAACCUGAACUCCUCCCCCUCAGAACACCUGACAUCUACAAAGAUCUCCGUCUGCGAGGAUAUGACUAUAGUGGUGUCUUCUGUGGUAUUGCUGAGUCUGACAACAGAGGUGUGAGUGGCAAACUAGAGUGGCAAGGUAACUGGAUCAGUUUCAUGGACACAAUGCUGCAGUUUUCAAUCCUGGGACAGAACACACGAGAACUUUAUCUCCCUACACGGCUCCAGAGGGCCAUCAUCAACACCAAGAAACAUAAAGAGAUUAUUGAAGCUCUCUCUUGGGGGGAAGGCGUGCCAGUUCACAUGUAUCGUAAUGUCAACAUCCUGAAGGCAGGCGGUGUGGAACUUAGAGGUUUGAAGGCCAGUCUGGCACCGCGCCGGCAGCAGACACAAGCCCCUCCAACACUGGAGCAGUAUACUUUCGUCUUGUAUGAUAACACAACACAGUCCAAGUCAGCUUCACUGGAUGACUCCAGCAAGGCAAGGACACAGGCAUUGACAGUGCUACUUCAGAUUGCACUGGAGAACUCUGGAGGUGCACUAAAAAUGAAAGUUGCAGAGGUUCCCGCAGAUCAUUCAGCUGAGAACCUGCUCACACCUCUGAUUAUUGAGAUUCUGGAAUCUGAACCCCUGCUUAGUGUGGAAGCGACUGUGGUUUCACCAAAUGCUGACUCAUACUCGCAAGUAGGAAAUUUGGAAUCCCUUGGCGUGAAGUUUUCAAACCGCAAUCCAAUGGAUGGUCCAGUAAAUCAGAAUUGUCACUUGGUCGUGGGAGCUGAUGUAUUGUCUUCUAGCACUGACACUCAGCUGAUCAGUAACAUGGUAGAUUCACUGAAACCAGGAGGUUUUAUACUGCUGAAAGAAGGAACAGUUGUUGAAGAUGAUGCCAUUAAGAAGUCAGGACUCGAAUUGGCAGCCAGACAGUUGGCUGAUGGAAAAUCAUAUCUUCUGCUCAGGAAGGUAGCAGAACUGCCUUCUCCUCUUGUGAUCCAAGUGACAGAUAAACAUUUCAACUGGGUGGAAAGCCUGAAAUCUGCGCUGAAGCAGAGUGAAGCUGAGGGUGAGAAAGUAUUGCUGGUUUGCCAGGAUGACCCUCAGUGCGGUGUUGUUGGCUUGAUGAACUGCAUAAAACAGGAACCUGGAGGAAACAAUGUCAGGUGCGUAUUUCUGCAGGAUGCGAAGCUACCAGAAUUUUCACUGACAGCGCAAAUUUUUGCUGAUCAGCUGAAAAAGGAUCUUGUGAUGAAUGUUUAUCGAAGAGGAGCGUGGGGUUGUUAUCGCCAUCUGAAGCUUGACAACCACUCUGAUGCCACUUCACUCCAAGUGGAGCAUGCCUACAUCAACGCACUCACUCGUGGAGACCUCGCCAGCCUACACUGGAUAGAAGGACCCCUGACCUACCACAGGCCAGAGAAGAAUCCAAACACAGAAUUGUGCCACGUUUACUAUGCGCCGCUCAACUUCCGAGACAUCAUGCUGGCAACAGGGAAGCUGCCCCCUGAUGCACUUCCAGGUGACCUUGCUGGACAGGACUGCAUCCUGGGAUUAGAAUUCUCUGGUCGCAAUUGCGAGGGAAAGAGGGUGAUGGGCAUGGUUGCUGCCAGGGGUCUUGCCACAACUGUACUGGCUGAUCCUGGUUUCCUGUGGGAAGUUCCUGAUAAAUGGACCUUAGAAGAAGCAGCCACCAUCCCUGUAGUGUAUAGCACAAGCUACUAUGCACUUGUGGUUCGUGGUCGUAUGCGUCCAGGAAACUCUGUGUUAAUCCAUGCUGGAACUGGUGGAGUGGGGCAGGCAUCCAUUGCCAUUGCACUCCAUAUGGGCUGCACAGUUUUCACAACUGUUGGGAGCAAGGAGAAGCGUGAAUUCCUGAAGAAGACAUUUCCCCAGUUAACAGACCGCCACAUUUGCAAUUCUCGUGACACCACUUUCGAGCAGCAAAUACUCAUGGAGACAGGUGGGCGAGGAGUAGAUCUUGUACUCAACUCUCUGGCUGAAGAGAAACUCCAAGCAUCAGUACGCUGUCUCGCCAAGGAUGGACAAUUCCUGGAGAUUGGGAAAUAUGAUUUAUCAAACAAUAAUCCGCUAGGCAUGGCUGUGUUUCUUAAGAAUACAGCGUUUCAUGGAAUCUUGCUUGAUGCUCUUUUUGAGUCAACAUGUGACGAUAAGAAGGAAGUGGUGCGACUCCUGAACGAGGGUAUCAAAUCAGGUGCAGUGCGUCCACUCCCAGCUACUGUGUUCUCAGAAACUCAAGUGGAGCAGGCGUUCAGAUUUAUUGGGUCAGGCAAACAUAUUGGUAAAGUUCUGCUCAAAAUUCGCGAUGAAGAAUCUCAGAAAGUUAUGGAACCAACUGCAAAGCUUGUAUCUGCUAUUCCUCGAACAUAUAUGAACCCAGACAAGUCAUAUGUGCUUGUAGGUGGUUUGGGAGGUUUCGGCCUGGAAUUGGCAAAUUGGCUAAUCCUACGAGGAGCAACGAACAUCGUUCUUACAUCACGAAGUGGCAUUAGAACUGGUUACCAGUCACUGUGCAUCAGGAGGUGGCGUGAGAUGGGUGCAACAGUCGUAGUAUCUACAGCAGACGUGACCAAUGAAAAAGGGGCACAGCAACUUAUAAAGGAGGCAUCGAAACUUGGUCCAGUUGGAGGAAUCUUCAAUUUGGCUGUAGUGCUACGAGAUGCAUUCUUGGAAAACCAGACAGAGGCAGAUUUCAAGACAGUUUGCCUACCUAAAGUAACAGGAACAAAGAAUUUGGACAUGCUCUCACGGAAACUCUGCCCUGAGCUAGACUACUUUGUUGCCUUCUCAAGUGUGUCCUGUGGUCGCGGUAACGCAGGCCAGACAAACUAUGGGUUGGCUAACUCUGCCAUGGAGCGUAUCUGUGAGGAUCGGCAAGCAUCAGGGCUGCCUGGUGUUGCAAUCCAAUGGGGAGCCAUUGGAGAUGUGGGUCUUGUUGUGGAAACAAUGGGUGAUAAUGAAACGGUGGUGGGAGGAACCCUGCCUCAACGUAUGAACUCUUGCCUUGCUACAAUGGACAGCUUCCUGCAGCAACCCCAUCCUGUACUUGCCUCUAUGGUUCUUGCCGAGAAGAGAAGAGGUGGUGACACGGGUUCACAGGUUGGACUUCUGAAUGCUGUUGGAAACAUCUUAGGUAUAAAGGAUGUCAGUGCAUUGAAUGCACAGUCAACGUUGGCAGAUCUGGGAAUGGACUCUCUGAUGGGUGCUGAAAUCAGACAGACACUGGAAAGGAACUAUGAUUUAGUGCUCAGUGCGCAGGAAAUCCGCACUCUCACAUUUGCCCGUCUCGCAGAACUUAGUUCAGGAAGUGGUGAAGCCCCAGCAACAGGGUCUCCUGCUGUCAGUAAUGUUCCUCCUGAACCUAUCACAAAUGGACAAAUGAAGGAUGGCUUGGAAACACAGGAUGUUUCACAGGUGCAGUUUGAGAAUGUCACAGAAGUGAUGCCUUCUGAAGUGCUGGUACAGCUUCCAUCUCGAGUCACGAAGGGCACCAAGCCGUUGUUUGUUGUACAUCCCAUCGAAGGUGUAAUAACAGCACUGAAAACAGUGGCUGCAGAACUGCCCUUCCCAGUCUGGGGACUUCAGUGCACACCAGAUGCUCCACUGUCAACUAUCCAAGAUCUCGCCUCAUUUUAUGUUAAGCACAUCAGAAAGAUGCAACCAACUGGCCCAUACACACUGUGUGGAUAUUCGUUUGGGGCUUGCGUGGCAUUUGAAAUGGGUCUACAGCUUGAGAAAUUAAGUGAAAGGGUGCAAUUGGUGCUGCUGGAUGGAUCACAUUCGUAUGUGGCAGCACAUACUGGCAACUACAGGGCUCGACAUAGUCCCAAGCAGAGCAGGCAAGAUGAUGAGUCUGAUGCUCUCACAUACUUUAUCACUCUCUUCAGAGAUGUUGACUAUCAAAAGACAAAACAGCUGCUUGCAAGUUUGCCUACAUGGGAGUCAAGGCUACACAAAUGUACAGAUAUCCUGAAGAAUGUAACAGGGUUCCCUGCUGAGCAACUGACGUUAGCUGCUGAAUCAUUCUUCUUGAAACUGGCUGCAGCUGACCAGUACCAACCUACAGGGCGCUUCUCCGGUACUGUUUCACUUGUCCGAGCAAAGGACAACUUUGUGAAUCUUGGAGAUGACUAUGGUCUAUCACAGGUGUGCAAGAAGAAGGUGAAUGUCCAUGAACUCAGUGGAGAUCAUAGGCAGAUCCUGGUUGGAGACAGUGCCAAGAGGGUCGCUGAUAUCCUCAGUCAUAUAAACUUGUAGAAGUUCCUUAUCAGACGGUUGAUGGUUACAGGAAACUACUGGCAGAUAUCCCAGAAGCUUCUUAUCACCUCAAGUGCAGAUGCUUUAUGUAAAUUUGACUCAUUCCUCUUACUUGUAUAUUUAUUAUUGUAGUCAUCUUUGGCAUGUUAGCAUGGUUAUUUGUGUACAGAGUGUACAUUAUUAGCCGUGUUAAAUGCUGAAGUAUUAGCACGUAUAGAUAUAUUAUCCAGUGAAUUCCAUAGGCAUCAAUUGCUAUCAUGGCAUCAAAACGACAUUCCAAUGCAAGACUCCAAUACAGACUAAAGCAACCAAAGAUAGAACUUGAAUAUUUCAGUUCUAGGCCAGAGAGAAUAACAGAUUUAUUCAACUGUGAUGUCUUUAUUCCUUCACAUGACUAAUUGGAAAUGAUUUUGUAAGGUUUUCAUGUAGUUUUCUUUGGCAGAUUUUUACAUUCUGACAGGCGUUGUUAAUAUUGAGUACUUCACAACUGUAGUCUUCCUUUUCUUGUGAAACUUGGUUGGAAACGAAGAAGAGCACUGUGCAACAGUGUGGAGUGUGGGGUAGGCAUCAGCUUCUUGGCUGGUUCCUGUCGGUUCACAUAGUUCAGAACCAAACACACACAAGUGCUGCCAGGCAACCUUGGAAAUCAGGCAAAGGCUAAUCUAGCUUUUCAUCUUAAUUGUCUCAUCGAUGUCAUACACUGUAUAAUUCUCCUACAUUGUUUAUGUACCACCUGUUCAGCAUUUUUUAAUCCACUCAUUUUUAUAUGUUUUAAUUAUUAUAACUACUGAACUACCCAGGGCAGAAUGUCGUGCAUCAUGGCCAUGUAAGGACCUUAGAGCCUUGCCUGAAUGAUACGCUGUGCCCCUUACUAUGAUUUGCUUCUGUAUUUCCCUGUGAAUGUCAAGGUUCAUAAGAAGAGGUAAUAUGGACUGGGAAGUAUAGUAACAUUCGCCUCUUAUUUGAUUUUAAUCUUGAAGCUGUCAUUGUGUGGAUCCUUGUUAACAUUGCAACAAGCUGGUGGUACUGGUAGAAUUAAAACUACUAGCAUAUAGUAGGCAUUCUUAAUGCAAUGCCUGUGUUCUUGUUACAUUCAGCAAUUCAUUGUGUUGUUGCACAUGACACCAUUUCGUUUAUUUGUACAAUGCAUCAAAUAAAUUGGUAAUAAAAAUGUUUUUGAAGAAGUGCAUUUUGUUCAAUUUGGCUUAAAUUAUUUACACGUUAUGUAAAUAAAUAGGAAUUUCAGUAAAUUUAUUAUUACUUAAAUUUGUUGGAUUGUACAACUGUUAAGUUCACGUAGUCCUGUUAUUUAUAAUUUGAUAAGUUAAGCUUUGUUCUUGCAUAUUCCAUUAUGCAUAUGUUUGUGUGUGUGUGUGUGUAUGUAUGUAUGAAAUUAUCAGUAUUUUUAUGUGUGUGAUGGAACAAGUGGGCAUAUAUAUGUUUAGAUAUAUCUUUAGGCAUGUAAAUUUGUCUAGAUGUCAUGCGUAUGAAACAUUGUCUCAUUCAACUUUUCAUAGACUUCGUAUGGUCAGUGCACGGUAAAAUGUUUCUUCAUUUUCUUCUGUAUUCUCAUUUGCUACUAAUUAUUUUUUUUGCAAAGUCAUUUAUGCUCCUGUGUUCAGAUUGAGAGAACUGAACCGGCACAUCUUACUUUUAUCGUACUUUUACAUCCAAGUAAAAUCAAAUCAUCAGAUAAAUCAAAGAAUUUUGUAAGGUAUCCAGUUCAUUUUUGAUACAUAUUUUUUUAAAUCUAAUGGAAGGCAGUAUUUAUUGUAUUCACAUAAAAAUGGCUUAAUUAAAGUAAUUCUAUUGAAAAUAGUGAAAUUGGCCUUACCAGACUACAUUGUGUUAUGUUUUGAAAAAUAAGCAUUUUAAGAAAGAAGCAUUCAUGUGAAGUGUAGAAUUUACUUUCAGCUACUAACACUGGUGUUUUUGGUAAUUUGUGAUCUAGAUAUAUAACUUAAAGAGAAAUGUACCAAUAAUUUCAAAACAGGAGUGAUAUUUGUUCAUGUGAUUAGUCUACAGUAAUACAUACAUGUGCCUGGUGUUUUGGGUUUUCCUUCACUUCAGUCAUGUUUCUUACAAGAAAGGCAUAUCAUAUAGUGUAAUUUAUUUUGAUUUGUGUUGUAAAUAUCUCUUUGAAAUUUGCAGUAGCAUGUGAUCUAGUACAAAAUAUACAUAUGUUUAGGGGUUUUGUUUAUAUAUGACAAGUGAUUAAAAAGCAUUUCCUGGUAUGACUUACAUAUAGAUUACUGCAAAAUGUUAAAAAUUAUAGAACAGUCUGUCUCAUGUGAUAUUACAAGAAUGAAUGUGAUAAUUAAAUGUACAUAUUGUUUCUGUUAAUACUUUUGUGGUGUUUACAAAUAAACGAAGAAUAAGCAAACCAACAAAGAAAGAAACCAGAAACCUCAAUAUAUAUGAAGAUUGCUAUCUUUUAGGAUCUGAUGCCAUAUAUUCCAAAAUAUAAUUUUGAUAUUCUUCCAAAACAGCGGUGGCCUACUGGACUAUGUGAUGCCACACCCCAGAAGACAGCACUUCUCACAACCAUUGCCAUGAGAACCUCAAACUCAAUGAUAUUGUGGGAACAUCCCACAUACUAACACGAGGUUUUGCCGGUCUAACAGACAGCACUCAACUCCUAGUCAGUAUCACAUUGCUGCCAAUGCACGCAUUUAUACAGCACUCGCUGUCCAGCCCACCUUUACGUCAUAGCGCGUGCUAGCCAAUCAGCACUCAGAGUCGCAACUGCAAGUUUAAGCUCCGCCCAGCAAGCUUGGUGUAAAAGGUGGAGCCCAAAGCUCGCAAUCAUCAGUGAUCACAUUCAGUCAUCAGAGUCAUCAGCUCUUCCUUGCGCCAAAGACAGCUGCCGCAACUCUCCAGCAACUACUCUCUGCUACCAGACAGCUAACGUAGCUGCCACAACUCUCCAACAACCUCACUCUGUGACCAGGCAGCUAACUUAGUUGCCACAACUCUCCAGCAACAGCACCGUAUGCAGCUGUUCCUACAGGCGCACGCAGCACCACAUUACCAGCUGGACAAACCAGCUGAAUUGCCAUAAAGACUUGGUUUACUACAAAGGAGCAAAUUCUACCAGUGCACUCACGGUGGAACGAACUGCCCUAUUUAGGGCCAGCCAACUUUAGACAUUCCACAUAGCUUCACAGCUGUUCGGUAAAUUCAAUUUAUACAAUUUAAUAUAUACAAUUGUUACAGAUUUACGUGGUUGUCUUUUAGAAUAUCGACAGUCCCACAAUAUAAUUUACACUUUGUAUCAUCUUAUUAUAGGUUUAUAUUUGCAAGUCCACAGGAACAAAUGAGAAGAUGCAGAACUGCGCAUAAUCUAAGGGCUGCAGGGGCAAUAACUGCUGUUUUAUACCACAUUUAA